AUGGGCCACGUCCAGACCCUUGAUCCGGUCCCUGUCCCUGUCGCGGCCCAGAUCAGCCAAGGUCUCGGGGCGUCGAGCUUGCCGGAGCUCGCGUUACAGGGCAUUGCGGCACCCGCACCCAUUGAGUCCUUCUCAAACAGCCAGCCUCUGCUGCCCCUGGAUUCGACUACAUCGGUUCCAGCUAUCAGGCCUACGCCUCCCCUCCCUGCCGCUAAAGUAGAGUCUGUAUAUGACGGCCCAUUGCUUGAGCUCGUCGAUCGAUACGCCGAUGAACCCCGAGAACUGAGGGUCGCCGUUGUCGGUGCCGGCCUCUCUGGAGUCCUCGCCGGUAUCCUCCUGCCACCUAAAGUGCCCGGGAUCAAGCUCACGAUUUUUGAAAAGAACUCGGAGGUGAACAUCUACCCCGGCGUCAGGUGUGAUGUGCCUGCUCACGUCUACCAGUCCACGACUGGCCAAAAGUACAACGUCUACCAGUACUUGCAGCUUUCGCACCAGGUGAAUAGACAGGAAUGGGAUGCCUCCCAGGGCCUGUGGAACCUCACAGUGAAGGACCUGACGACUGGCGCGGACCGGACAGAAGGAUUCCACUUCGUCAUCCACGCCAUCGGCCGCUUCAACGAGUGGCGCUUGCCCGACUAUCCCGGCCUGUCUGACUUCAAGGGCCUCCUGCGACACACCUCCAACUGGGAUCCCAACUAUGAUAUCACAGGGAAGCGCGUGGCCGUGAUUGGAAACGGCGCGAGCGGGCUGCAGGUCGUGGCCAAUAUCCAGAAGCGCGUCGGCCGUCUCGACCACUACGCGCGAAACAAGACGUGGGUGGCCGCAUCGUUUGCCGGCCAUGAAACCUCUACAUCUCCGAUCCCCAUCUCGCAGGAACUCCGGGACUCGUUCGCGGAUCCCGAGACGUACAUCGCAUUUCGUAAGGAGAAGGAAUCGCAGUAUUUCAGGGGAUUCGAGGAUUGGUUGAAGGGAUCGGAAAAGAACGACCAGGCCAGGGAGCGGAUGACCAACUUGAUGAACUCCCGGCUGGAGAAGACGAGGCCGGACCUCACGCCCAUCCGUCGCUUCACAGAGACCGGCAUCGAGACGGUCGACGGCGUGCACCGCGAAGUAGACGCCAUUUACUGCGCGACGGGCGCCAACGGCGACAUGGCGCCGCCCUUCCCCAUCAUCGCCCACGGAGAAACCCUCGCCGACGCGUGGCGACCGGGCGGUAAGCACGGCUUUCCCUACACCUAUCUCGGUUCCGCCACCCCCGGCUUCCCCAACCUCCUCUUCCUCCACGGGCCCAACGGCUCCGGCCGCUCCGGGACGGUCCCCCACAAUGUCGAGAACCAAGUGGUGUACUUUGCCAAAAUCUUACGCAAAGCGUCGCGCGAGGGCAUCCGGUCCCUGGAGCCCCUCGUCGAGGCGGCCGAGGACUUUGUGCGCUACUCCGAUGCGUUCUUCGCCCGCACCGUGCUGUCCGAGGGGUGUAGUUCGUGGUAUAAUGGCGGGAAGCCGGGGGCCAGGAUCCACGGCCUGUGGCCCGGCAGCGCGUCGCUCGUCACGCUGCUGCAGCGGGAGCCGCGGUGGGAGGAUUUCAAGUAUGAGUACCUUCACGAGAGCGGAAACCGGUUCCUCUGGUAUCUUGGGAGGGGAAGCACGAGGAAAGAGGGCGAUUUGGAGGCUGAUGUCACGCCGUAUAUCGUGGACCCUGUAAAAGUGGAUCUGAGGGAUGUGCAUGAGAGUUGGUGGCAGAUUCCUUGA